CUGGCGGACAGUUGAGGGCUUUGGGCAGCGCAAGGGAGAUCUGGGCAUCAGUUGCUUGACUGCACGGUACAUACAGGGCAUGCCAACAGGUUGCGCUAAUUCAACACUCGUCUGCUGCAUCAGAGCCAGGUUUUUCAUUUUCGCAAUAACCAAGCUAGAGUUAUGGAAGAAUCCAUUUAGGUGUAGCUCAUGCUUCAACAUAACAAGCGUUAAUAAUAAAUAUUAGCUUUUUAUGUGGGCAUAAUGGAACAUAACAGUGAUGCCUUUCGAGCAUAAACUGUGAGAUUUGGUGGGCAAAAUGUGUAAAACCCUACUGGCAGCGCCAUGUUCAAAGACCGACCCUCAAAUGCAUGGGCGAUCAACACGUAUCUCACAUUGAAUUUUGUUUUCGUUUGGUUGGUGUCUCACUAGACUAAAACAACAGCAACUUGCAUUGGGGAAAAUAAUGCAAAGCACUUCAGAAAGAAAAAAUCCAAGAGGCGGGGCAAGCUCGCUGUCAAUCAUGUUCUUCUGGUGGAUGAAUGACGUCAUAAAACUAGGAAAUGGUCAACCGCUGACCGAGAAGAAUUUGUUUCCUCUUCUUGAAGAUUACAAAGCUGAGGUGCUCGUAAAAACUGCAGAAAAAUGGUGGCUGAAAGAAUCGAGAAGUAAGACACCACGUUUGUGGAAGGCAAUGGCCGGACUUAUUCCCUGGAAAUCAUAUCUGAUUAUGCUGGCUUUACAGACCCUUCGGUCUCUGAGCUUUGUCUCCUUGCCUGUUUGUCUUUGGCUUUUGUUAAAGACGCUAAAUGAUGCUUCGAAUUCAGACAUGAAGUUGGCAUUUAUCUACGUUGCAAUUUUGGGGAUGACAAGCUUAAUACAAGCUGCGUCGACGCAACACUAUGACUACCUCACUGAGCUGUGGGGAUUGAAGCUGAAAGUGGCAUUGAUAGGACUUGUUCACAAAAAGAUUCUUGCUCUAAAUCGUUUUAGCUUGGAAGCUAUGUUGUCUGGAAACACUAUAAACUUGGUCUCGAACGACGCACAAAAGAUCGAGAAGUCCUUGAACCAAGUAGGUAUGGUGUUAUUUGCUCCUUUGGAACUCAGUAUCAGCCUGGUUAUCCUGUGGUACUUGAUUGGCUGGGAGGCCCUCGUUGGUGCUGCCUUUUAUUUCGUUUUAGUCGUCUUUCAGCUGUUUAUGGCGAGAAAGGCUGCCAAGCUUAGAGCCAAAGCAGCUGCUUUCACAGAUGAACGGCUUGUGGUGAUGAAAGAAAUCAUUUCUGGAAUACGAGCGGUGAAGAUGUACGCUUGGGAGUGGAAAUUCAGAGACAUUAUCAGAGAUCUUCGCAGAAAGGAGAUGACAAUCAUUCGCUUAAAAGGCGCCAUUGUCUCCAUGGUGUGCGUUUUGUUCUUCACCACACUUCCAAUCGCCGCUCUGAUUUCUGUAACAACACUAGUUAUGACAGGAACGCAAUUAUCAUCUUUUAGUAUAUUUACACUUCUUCUGAGCUUAAUGACGAUAAGAACUACAUUUUGCUACAACUUGAGCAUGUCCAUGCAAAUGGUCGCAGAUGCUAAAGUAGCACUUGACAGAAUACAGGUUUUCCUUGAAAAAAGGAUGUCAAAGAUGAAAGUAACCGAGCAAUCCGAGCAGCAUGGCUCUAAGCAAAUUUUCGCAGAACAGGUACAUCCUGUUAAUACUAUUAUAGUCCAGUCUAAGAACACUCAGAGAACAGUGGCUAUCCAGCUGGCUAAUUACCGAGAACAAGACGACUCCGCAGGAAAUCAUUUACAAACAUUCACUGCCAACUCAGUACCUACAAAGACCGCAAUCAUUUCCUCUAGCUCUUUUCCCAAAGCUCCAUUGAAAAUGAAACUUAGCGAUUCAGGCCCCCAAAAGCCUCAUAUCAGCAUUCAUGAGAUGUCCUGCUCUUGGAAUCAAGAUGGCCCCGCCCACAGCUUAAGAGGCAUAACUUUAAAUGCCUCCAGAGGUGACUUGAUAGCGAUAACAGGGGCAGUUGGAAGUGGAAAAUCCUCUCUGCUAACAGCCAUUCUUGGAGAACUACCUCUACGCAAGGGAAAGAUAUCGUAUCAUGGCAAAGUGGCCUAUGCUCCUCAAAUACCCUGGGUAUUUUCUGGGACAAUAAGGGAAAACAUUUUGUUCGGUUUGCCAUUCGACCAGAAGAAGUUCCAGCGUAUUUUAGACAUCUGUGGGUUGACGAAAGAUUUGGCGGACCUCACCAAUGGAGACCUAACGGAAAUUGGACAGCGUGGAGCGUCCCUCAGUGGAGGUCAGAAAGCACGUGUGGGUUUAGCUCGUGCAGUGUAUUCAGACGCUGAUAUCUACCUGCUUGACGAUCCACUGAGUGCAGUUGACACUAAAGUAGGAAGAAAACUUUUCAACAGUUGCAUACUGGACUAUUUAUCGGGUCGCAUUCGCUUGCUGGUUACCCACCAGUUGCAGUGCUUGAAAGAUGUGGAUCGCAUUGCUGUGAUGAAAAACGGUUCAAUCAUUUGCCAGGGAGGAUACAGGGAACUUACAGAGAGCGGCAUAUUCUCAGAUUAUUUGGAAUUAUCUCAGCCGAAUGAGGAUGAUCCAAAGCGCGCAAACAGUGUGAGUCUUAACCAAUUUAAGGAAGACGACGUCAUAAAGAGGUCGUCAUUUUCUUCGGUUUCGUUAGUGAAUGAACACGUUGCACAUAAAGUUAACAUGUCUGUUGUUGACAAUCUCAAGUUAUCUACGCACCAAGAGAAAGAAAGUGACGGCGUUUCAAACUUGAGCGAUGAAUCGUCUCUCCACAAGUGGUCGCGAUCGGUACCCUCAAAAUACGCCCAUCAACAGGCUCAUGGCUUGAAAGAAGAGGAGGAAAAUAAGAGAGCUGGAACUGUCACCUGGAGACUCUACUGGGAUUAUUUCAAAGAAGGACUGCCAGUUCCCAUUAUCGUACUUGGUGCGGUUUUAAUGGUAUCAGCACAAGCUUGUGUCCUAGCUCCAAACUGGUGGUUGACUAGAAUCGCAGAGAUGUCAUAUGACCAACAAAAAGCACCAGCCACUCAAGUCAUACACGCCUGUCUGGUGGCGGUGUCCAUUAUUGUCAUGGCAGCAUCGUGUUUCUUAUUUUAUUUCCUCCUUUUGAAAGCGGCUGAAAAUCUCCACAAUAAAAUGACACUGACUACGCUCCAUGCUCCUGUGCUAUUUUUUGACACAAACCCAGCUGGCCGUAUCCUCAAUCGGUUUUCCAAAGAUGUGGGUUGUAUGGACGAUGUGUUGCCACAGCUAUUUUUACAGGCCGUCAUAAUUUGCCUUUCCUCGCUCAGCGCCAUGUUGGUUCCGGCUGUAACAAACUACUGGAUAUUCUUAGUUCUUCUUCCACUUACUGGGAUUUUGGCUUACUAUGCACGCUAUUACCUGAAAUCCGCCAGAGAGCUGCAGAGGAUCGAGGCCUUGAAAUGCAGCCCUGUGUACUCACACAUCACGGAGACGUUAAAUGGAUUAGAAAUAGUGCAUACGUCGAACAUGAACAGCGCAUUUCUGGACAGGCUUCAAAGGUAUCAAGACGAGAAUACAAAAGCCUUCUUUAUGGUCGUUUCCUGCACUCGUUGGUUGAGUAUUCGCUUGGAUCUUCUCUCCAGUCUGUUCGUCACGAUUGUCGCCGUGGCCACUAUGUUGAUCACCAAUAGUCCUGCCUUGGCUGGACUUGCCCUCACUUAUGCUUUGCAAACACUGGAUGCCACACAAUAUGGUAUACGACUGGCUGCAGAGGUGGAAAACUCGAUGACGUCGGUCGAACGUGUCCUGACAUACGCAAAAAUCGAAUCCGAACCCGGCUACAGCACAAAGGCUGUUCCUCCAAAAUCUUGGCCACAUGACGGGAGCUUGGCGAUACGGGAUCUUUCUUUGGUUUACUUUGACGGAGGACCUCGCAUCUUGAAGGACAUCAACUUUUGUGUUUCUAGUAAGGAGAAGGUAGGAGUUGUGGGUCGCACCGGCGCUGGAAAGUCAUCUCUGGUAUCCGCUUUGUUCCGUAUGCCUGACUAUCUCGGAAAGGUGUCAGUUGAUGGUGUUAAUAUUGUUUCUAUCCAUCUACAAAAGGCUCGCAAGUCAAUGGCCGUGAUAACCCAGGAUCCGGUGCUAUUUAGAGGCACGUUAAAAAGUAACAUUGACCCAUUUUCACAACACACAGAUCAAGAACUUUGGGAAGCUCUGGAAGAGGUACAAUUGAAACCUCUUGUGAACGAAUUGCCAGGACAGCUCGAGUUCAAGCUGAAAGAAUGUGGAACAAACUUAAGCGUUGGUGAGAGGCAGUUGGUGUGCUUGGCUCGUGCACUGGUCCAGAAGAGCAAGAUCAUCAUCAUGGAUGAAGCCACCGCUAAUGUGGAUUUCAAGACUGAUCGUCUGAUCCAGGAAGUCAUUCGCGACAAGUUUAAGGAUUCCACAGUACUGACCAUUGCUCAUCGACUGAACACCAUCCUAGAUUACGACAAGGUGCUGGUUCUUGAUGGUGGACAAGUGGUGGAGUUUGACAAACCUGAAGUGCUGAUAAGGAAGGGUGGACUAUUUGCUGAGAUGAUCAGAAGUCAGACACAAAAAAGAAAGAAGUGAAAAUUACAGCAUAGUGACCCAAUGCGUACUUAUCAAACUGUUCCUACUGAGAUUAAUAAUGUAAAUGCAGACUUUGUUAUACCAACUAAAGUAAAAGGGCAAAGGAUGUAUAGGGAGUGAAAACUGGACAAAAUAACAACGGAUUUAAGAAAAUGUAGAUAAAUAUUUUUAGUAGUUGUACUUUUCGUUGCUACAUGGUAUCCUGGGGUAGUAUACACUCAAAUGGUCAUAUUCCACUGAACUGAGUCACAUAAAAUCUGUGAAUAGGAGCGCGCUAUGCUACACAUUUGGGAUGCAUGGCUGAGUCAAGAAUCUUUACACUUGAUGGCUAAAAAGAAAUUUACAAGUGUGAAGUGUUGCUAAAAAAAGAUGGUGUGUUUGCAGUAAUUGCGAGAAGCCAAAUCAGAGUUGUGCGAAACAUCGACAACAGAAUAUGGCAUAACACCUUAAACAGAGAUGGUUUAUCAGUUGUUUUAUAUAAUAAUCUAAUGAA